AAUCCAAAAACACAAGGACAGAGCUCUUCCAUUACCUCACGAAGCAGUAGUAACCCUUUAAGAAAUAAAGAAAUAAAGAAAUAAAGAAGCAAAACCAACCAGGGAAAAUGCUUUCUAUUUCCUCAUGUCCCAGCGCAAUCACCACAACUUCAGCAACUAGGCUGCUGCUACUGAAACCUCCUGUCUUAGCAUUCCCUUUCCGCCCCAAAUUCCCUAUUAAUGACAACUCAACCUUCCUCCUCAGGGCUGAGAUGUCGUCGUCGUCGUCGUUGUCAUCAUCGAUGGUGUAUGCAGAUGUUCCAUCUCCUCUCCCUGCCUUGCCAGAGAAACGGAUAGUCGUAGGUUGUGGUGCAGUUGGCUUGGACUUCUUGGCUACCGUGGCUACAUAUCCUAAACCCGACGAUAAGAUACGCAGCACGAGCUUGAAGGUUCAAGGAGGUGGCAAUACAGGGAAUGCUUUAACUAGUGCCGCACGUUUGGGUCUGACCCCGAGGGUGAUUUCUAAGGUUGCUAAUGAUGGUCAGGGGAGAAGUGUGCUGGAAGAACUAGAAGCUGAUGGUGUAGAUACUUCUUAUAUGGUGGUCGCGGAGGAGGGAAAUUCACCAUUUACUUAUGUUAUUGUUGACAAUGAAACGAAAACUCGUACUUGUAUUCAUACUCCUGGACACCCUCCCAUGACUCCAGGUGACCUUUUGCAAUCAAGUUUGUUCUCUGCAUUGGACGGUGCAAGACUUGUCUAUUUUGAUGGAAGAUUGCAUGAGACUGCUUUAGUUAUUGCAAAAGAGGCAACCCGCAUGCAAAUACCCAUCUUAAUUGAUGCAGAAAGGAAGAGGGAGGGUUUGGAUGAUCUUCUUAAUCAUGCAGAUUAUGUCGUGUGCUCUGCAAAAUUUCCUCAGGCAUGGACAACAGCCCCAUCAGUUCCAAGUGCACUAGUAUCCAUGAUGCUGAGAUUACCACAUCUCAAAUUUGUAAUUGUGACCCUUGGAGGGGAUGGCUGUAUAAUGCUUGAGAGAAGCUCAAAUGAAGAGCCAGAAUCAAAAGAAAUAGAUGUAGACAGCUUACUGGAGUCAUUGAAGCUGAAGAUCGACAGUACUAAGGCCAUUCCAACAUGUCUCUCAUCCAAGUCGAAGAUGAGGCUGAGUGCUGGUGGGAUUGGUACAGUGAGUGGGAAGUUACUUGUGGGAACGGCAGAGAAGAUACCGCCUUCAGAACUCAUUGACACCACUGGUGCUGGAGAUGCAUUUAUUGGGGUAAUCCUUUAUGCUAUUUGUGCAGGAAUGCCACCGGAGACCAUGUUGCCCUUUGCAGCUCAAGUGGCAGCUGCUGGAUGUAGGUCUCUUGGUGCUCGGACAGGUCUCCCCAGGCGCACAGACCCACGCUUGGCUCCAUUUCUACAUUAGGUCUCCCAUGUGAACCCCAUGCCAUGGACAUAUGAGCACUUCAUUCAGUUGCUAGCAAACGGAAGGGGCAUUAGAAGAUGGUGAAGGUACUCAAGAGGAAAUAGUGGCAACAAGAGUUAUGUAUUAGUUUUGACGAUUCAAGGUUGUCGGUCUUGAAAAUAAGUAGUUGAAUCUCUUACGGAGUCGUCAAAAUAAUUGAGAACAAUCUAUCAAUGAAUGUAUUUCACUUGUAAAGGGAGCUUGAGAUUGGCCUAAAUUCCUCCUUUUUAUUUAUUUUACA